AAGCCAUUUGCGGGCUCAAAGCCGAAGACCCUCGGUCAGCCUCUCUCCGCGUUUCUCCGAACCGAUGCUGCGGCUGCUCCUCAACCUGGCAGCCUUGGGUGCCGCGCUGGCAGAGGAGUGCGAUGUGGCGUCGGCCGCUGUGGAGCUGCUGCAACUCGGGCAGGCGGUGCAGCAGAGCUGCGGGCACUUGACGCAGGACCACUGCGACCCCAGCGCCAACUACAUUUGCAGCAACAACUGCAAGGUGCACACCAACGGCCACGACUGCUAUCGUCCUGUGCCCGACGUUAUGGCCGAGCACCCCGGCAUGGACGGCUACUGCUACUUCAACUACACAGGCUUCUGGGUGAACCCACUCGCCGGGGGCUUUGAGGAUUCCGCGGUGAAUGGCAUCCUCGGCUUGCGGGAUGGCAGCUACAAGGGCCUGAACACCGGGCCAUUACUGAAGUACGACUUCGAGGGGGAGACGGUGUACACUUACAUGGACGCCCCUCACUACAGCUUCGAUGACUUGUACGGUUACUCUCUUGGAUUCCUCCAGGGUCAAGGCUUGGACCCCCACUGGAUGCAGAACAAGACCCACUGGGUCGAGCUUUCCGAGCAGGCUUGCACUCGCAUCCAGGAGAAGUACAACUUUCAGAAGGAGGAGUUGGUGCUGGCAGAUUGGUUGGACGACAACCAGGUCUUGGCUGCCCAGACCUUAUGUAGCGCUGGAGUGGAUUGUACCGCAAUGCGUGCGGACGUGAAGGCCAAGGCCGAAUAUCAUUCCCCGGAGAAUUGCAAGGGGAUCACCCACAGGGAGUUUGCCAAGCACCACUACAUCAAGUGCCUGCUGGGCUAUACGAACUCUGGGUCCGACAUGGCGUACCUGAACGCUAGGUCCUGCCUUUUGGAGGGGAACCGUAUCGGGCACUUCUCUGAGUGCCCCUAUUCUCCGCCGGUCUCCUUUUAAGUGGCUCCGAGCAGCUGCCAUCAGUCGAUGCACAGCGUCGAUCCUUCCGGCCGACACGCGUAUGCCGUGAUGCACCGGAAGCCGCGGAUGGACCGCAAGUUCUUGAGACAGUCAGCGACCCUAUCACCGGCGGUCACCACCCC